UGGGAUUUGAUCAGAUCCUUCUACUUAUUUCUACUGUACUCGAUGGCAUCAGUCUCAAUCAGUACAACGACGUAUAUACAGUGCGAGAUACUAUGGACACAUCGAUAAUUUGUUGCAAACGAAUAAGGCACUUUACUGAGAUGGCGAUCGUCGCGCAUGCGCGGGAAACUCGUCCCGUAUCACAACACAGUUCGUGCAGUUCGGGAGUUGGGUUCAGUUCGUAGUUCGUAGGCGAGCCAGGCCAGACGAGCUCCGUUUGCCUCUAUUUAAUCGGACGUGACGAAGCGUUCGCAGCCUCUUCAAGGAACUUUCGCAUUCUCGUGUCCGUUGUCGUCGCUCUCGUCAUCACCGUGGCAGUUUAUAGUGGUCGCGAAGAGACGCCUGUGUGAUCAUGAAAAUUGUGAGAGUGCGUGAAAUCGGCUAGCGUGGUGGACCCUACGAGAGCGUACAGAGCACGUUCCGGAGGACAAAAAUGGCGCUCAAGAAUGUUAGCUGUACUUCUUCCUAUUGAAUCUCGAGGCAACGUUAACAAACAUAGAAGUCGGAGCGACGUCGAUGAAGCAUCUUGAAAAGAGGAUCACCACCAAGUCGUCGUUCGCUACGUAGUUCUUAAGACGUUCCUCUUGCAAGGGAAAAUUCACGGCGGUGGAAAUCGCGCGAUAGAAAUCUCCGUAGUCGUCGUAGUCCAUCCGAGUGCUUGUGACGCUCAAGAAACAAUCUUGAUUCAAAAAAUUGGAGCUUGAUCCAAGAACAGAAAGACUUGAAUAUAGCCGAGGCUACCUCCUUUCCGAUCUACUAUAUUUUCUGUAAUUAAAAAGUCGGGAAUGUAUCUUCUUGCGCGCGCGAGACGCGAGGCGGUGAGAUCGAUAAGUGCGUAAAACGCGUAAAGUGAUAAUCGAGGAAAUACGAACGACCGGAAGUAGUCGCAAAUCGGCCGCGAAUGCAUCGAUCAACCGAGAUCACCCGCGAUCGUUGAAUCGAAGUCAAGGUCUCUUGGAGACGUGGAAUCGUUGGAAGUCACGGUGGGCGGACCCUCGAGAUCUACGUUUGUCGCAGGUAUCCGGUACCUGCACGUUACACGCAACAGGAAUCAAAGUGCGGUGCCCCGGCUUCAGGGGUGAGAUGGCCUUCAUGAUGAAGAAGAAGAAGUACAAAUUCUCGGUGGAGGUCGACCUCGAGGAACUCACGGCGGUACCGUUUGUCAGUGCUGUACUCUUCGCCAAGCUGAGACUCUUGGAUGGCGGUUCAUUCGUCGAUCAUUCCACUAGAGAGGAAGUGCAGGAGCAUACAGUGAGGUGGAAUGCGAAGUUCGAGUUUUUAUGCAAGAUGAGCGCCAAUGCGUCCACAGGCGUGCUAGAUCCAUGCAUUUUAAGGAUAUCCGUGAGAAAGGAAUUGAAAGGGGGCAGAUCCUUCCAGAAAUUGGGUUUCACCGAUUUGAACCUGGCCGAAUUCGCAGGAGCUGGUCUCUGCCGAAGAAGAUGCCUUCUGGAGGGAUACGACGCGCGACAUCGUCAGGAUAACUCCAUGCUGCGCGUAGCCAUCAAGAUGAACAUGCUCUCCGGAGAUAUUCUGUUUAAAGUCCCUUCCCCGUCAUUAAAGCAGACGCAGCUAGCAGUGCCCGGGGUGCAAGGUGUACCUGGCGUUACCGGUGAUGAAGUGACAGCAUCCGAGAGAUGUACUAAUCGAGAGGAUUACGUGUCUACCGGCUCGCUGGCGGGAAGUAUAGCUAGCGCCAGUAGCGGUUUCGGUAGUCUUCCCAAAAAAAGGCCCGCACUCUUCGCCUCCGAACUUCUUAGCGGCACGGAGACGUACGACCCGAUGACUAUUGGCGAGAUCGUACCCUCAGUAAUUCCGGUGGAAACUCUCGUGGAAACGCACACGGAAUCGGGUCACUCACGCAACAGCAGCAAUACCAGCCAGCUUAGCAAAGGGUCCGGCUACGGUUCUUUGAAUUCGCAUAGCCAACACAGCAGACAAAGCAGUAGCGGUGACAGUGGUCACAUUAGCCUCAAGCGACUUCCACAUUCUCAGUCUCUCGACUCUAAGUACGAAACUUUGGACUCUCUAUAUUUUUUUUACUUUACGUCACCCUCCUGGCCGGUAUGGGCACCACGAAUCCCCAACUCCUUCCAAAACACGUCCGCACAACCGAUCGAAUGUCGACCCGACUCCUGUAUCGAAUCCUUGUCAUCGCACCCACCUUCCUUGUCGCACGUGGCCUCCAGAACUAGAUUCUGGUCAACGUCGAGCCCUCUCUCUUCGCGUAGCGGUCUAACAGAUAUGGAAAAUGUGUCGUCGACGACUGGCAUUAUCGCGAAUAAUGUUUAUUCGGUCGAAAAGCAGCAGCAAUCGCUUUACGCAAUCGGGAAUGGUUUCUUGAACAAAAUGAGCAAUUCGCGACCGAACGAUUGUGACAAUGACGCGAACGCAGAUGUCCUAGUGGCGCCUGGUAUCUUCAGAAUGCCCGACAUGCCGCGACACUCGCGCAAGAAUUACGAGAGAGGUGGCUUCGAGACGCGUAACGAACGUAACGCAAUGAUGAGCUCUAUCGCCAAGGAGAAUGACCGGUUACAGAAUAACGUCUUCCCGAUCGCGAAGCCGAGAAUCAGCGCCACGGGCUGGCGCAGUAUGUCGAAGACCUGCGAUUGCAUCGAGAAAGGCAAAACGAGCCCGGUCUUGCGACUGGUCGAUCAAGCCAGAGCCGUAUCCUCUCCCGAUCCUCUCCAUAGGCCCGACAAUCAAAGAGCCCUGCUACGUCCCGCGAUGACAGCUCAGACCCUCAGAAAUCCUUCUGGCGGCUCGGGUCUCAGUGAAACUGGAUCCCUGGACCGUGCUAAGGCCGCGAUGGAACGUAGGAAAAAAGCGGAGGACGGUACUGGUAAUCCUAUCCUAUGUAGAGUUGAAGUCACCAGGCCGAAUCCUGACUCUCUCAUCGACGAGCUGCUUAAAGCAACGAAUCUGGAGCAAACGGAUCUUGAAAGUUCCGAGAGUACGCAUUCUCUUUGUCACGUUUUUCUGCCAAUUCGUUACAUAAUUCGAUCAAAGAAUGACACUUAUACAUUUAUAUUGAAAACAACUGGUCUUCAACUCUUUAUCGCGAAAGACGGGACGACUGCACUUGGCAGCCACGAGGUAAAGAGUCAAAUGCCUGCCGGUGUGUUCAAGCAGGUGGUAAUGGAGGAGAACAACAGGUAACACGAAGCCAUCACCACAAGACGGCAAUAUCCAAGACAGACCAGCACCACAUUCUCUUUGGCCCUGGUGCCAGAGCUCGUCUACGAGGCCUACGAGCCGCGGUAGUCAUAAGGAAGAGGACGAUGUCGACGACAGACAGGAAAUCAUCGACUUGGAAGAAACAACUAAACGUGAUGAUCGUAUUCUCGAGAUUGUGCCGGAUUAUUCUCUUAUUAGAUCGUUUGAAAUUAUUACAAAAGAAAAAAGAAAAAAAUAUACCUCGACGAAUUUGCGUGAAUCGAAUGAUAUCUGUCCGUAGCGGUGGUUGUUCGAUUACUUCGUACGAAAUUCAUUAUAUGAAUGCACAGGACCGAGAUUAAUCAUCUCGUGAGUGCACGUGAAUUGCGCGAAACAUGAACAAUAAUUGAGCAACUUACGAGAUAUUAUUACAUGCGUACAUCGUUUCAAUACUCGCGGCCGGUUCAAAAAUAAAACAUUUAUACAAGGGUUUCGAAUUUUUCAGAAUCCCGUGUAACGAACGAAAUCUGCACGCAUAACGCUUGCAGCGAACGAUCCGUAAUGUCAGCCGUGCGUGCGGAGCAGUUAAAGACGAUGACAGACAAUGGCUGUUUGUAACAUCGAGCGAAAUAGAUACGCGUUUUUGAAACUAACUCAAAGACAAAUACAUAUACAUAUUUUCUUCCUUGUGAAACGAAGCACAAUGAUCCUCGUCAAGCGUUCUUUAUGCUUGACAGGAGCAUUAGUCAAUGAAGUUUAACCGAGAGGGAGUUACAGUGUAAUAUAAAGGACUAUAGUUACAAAAAAAAAAAAGAAAUAACAGGCUAAACACGGUCAAGGUCCGACGAAACUUUGCAAUGGGAAGUAACAUCUAUAGGCAAAACUUAAGCGCCAUCUUUAUUUAUCUGUCUAUAGCUAUACGACAACGAUACCUCGUCACAUAUGUAACGUGUGCGAUGUAAAGCUAGAGAGAUAAGCAUAAAGAAAUAUUAAAUUGAGAGAUAUUAUCUAUAUCAUAUGGAAUUACAUCAUUAUGUAUAAAAGUAUUUUUAACAGCAUUUCCAAUAAUAUUAGCCAAACGAAGAAUGUUUGGUUAGUUUUACUAAUGUUUCUUUUGAGAAUUAAUAUUUUACAAUUUCUGUGUAUUAAAAACUUAUUUUUGCUUUACAAUGUAUAGCACAUAUUUUUUAUCUUUUCUGAUUAAAUUUUUGCGCUGCGCUCUUUUAUCAUUUACAAAAUUAUUGCGUGUAAUUAAUUAAUUAAAAGAGCAUUCGAGUAACGAGCUGAAAGAUGAAGCUAACUGAGCUGAAAUAAACAAAUCAGUCAGUUAUAUAAAGAGAAUAAUGUAAAUUUAAAAUUUUUCAGAUGUUAUGCAAUGUAUAUAUAUUUGUGGAAUUACAAAAAUGUAGAUCUACAAUCUCUCUGUAUGAUAUAUUGCUUUCAAAUAUCUUUGCUUUGAGAAAAUAGGGCACAGUAUUAUUCUUCCUGAGCAAUUCGUGGAUUUUAGUAGAUUUCUAAACUCUAGGCGCGAUUCUUUGGUGCAAAUAUAAACUUGGAGACAUUUUUUUGUGUGAUGUAAAUGUUUCACGACUGAAUAUAAUUUACGUACCAUUAUUUUAUUAUCGUGCUUGACGAAGGAUGUGGAUCUUCGUUUCGUCGUACCUUCUCCAAAGGCCCGGUGAAUUUUUCGAUUGGCGCAUGACCGGUUCUACCCGGUAGAGUAAUCUGUAUAUAGUCGUAGAGUAAUUGUUAUGUAGCUAAAUCGCUGGUGUUGUAUACAUGCAUUCUCUCCGUACUCGAAUAAUCUAUAAGUGCUACUGUAUAUUGUGCUAAUGUAUCAAAAAGUAUGCUAAAACACGUGUGUUGUGUGUGCGUGCGUGCGUGCAUGUGUGCGUGUUUAAAUGUGUCCCUUUUUCGUAUGUCUUACGAGAAAGGAAGGGUUAUUAUGAAAUGCGUGUGUCUGAAUUGGUUUGGUAAAAUAGCGAGUACUUCCAGCGCCCGCAAAAUCCAUAUCGCAAAUUAGUCCGAGCGUUUUGGUCCUUGCAGUUCGUCGUAGAAAGAGAGAGAGAAAGUAAUGCGAGGAUGAAAUUAUGUGCACAAACGCUUCUUCGGAAUGCUUCGAAGCCAUUUGCCAGUACGGUUUCUCAAUACCGAUCUUGAAUAUACUUGAACGAUCAGCGAGCGACUUCCUCUCGAGAAUUUACAAAGUAUUUCUCGUCGGGUUUAGCUUUUAAGAUCGAGUCCGUAAAUUGCGCCAGUCUCGAAGAGACUGUAGAAGCAAUGAUAUUUGUUGGAUUACCCGGUGACAGAUUUGUGUAUCCGAUCGUAAAUCACAUAUAUGAUAAAAUGAGCAGCCAUUACACGCUGUAAUGUUGCUGUAAUGAUGUUGUUUUUCUUAUAGAUAGAUCGAUACGUUCCUUCCCGCUGCUGCGUUUUUUUUUUCUUUUUACGUGUGUACGUUUCUUCUUAUAAAUAAUAUCCGAGUGUCGUUCGAUACCACUUUCAAUUCUAUACGAUCACGACUAUAUCAUGUCACUUGCGAAUUCCAUCGUAAAAGUGACUUUCAAGUUUUUACUGCUAUGGUGGGAUCUAGUCCAAUCUCGUAUAUUUCGUAAAAUAAUAGAAAAAUUUUUUAUCUUUGAAAAAUAUGGGAAUGAAAAAACAUAGUAUAAUUUUUCUUUAUUAUUAAUAUAUCUCAAACUUAUUAUAUUAUUAUUAUUUUACAUUUUUUUAUUAAUGAAUAUAUUUUUAUGUAUUUUUUUUUGAUAGAGAUAAUUUGCAUAUGAUUGAAAUUGUCAAUUCGUUAACUUGAAGUAUGGAGUCACUCUCAUCAUUAAAAUAAAGAUUGAUUCCACCACGUAGUAGUUGCAUUAUUCGUAUUCAAUCAUAGUGAUUGUGAGUUAAAAUCCGAAUCGAUCCGUAAGCUUCCUUAUGGACGCGCUACUUUUUCAUUCGAUAUAUGCCGUAUAGAGCCUUUUAUUUAUAAGAUACGCGCGAUACUAGGAGUUUACGGUUUCUCCGUGCGCGUUGCAUUCGCCGAUUGACGUUAAUUAAUUUAUCGAGCAGAGUUUCUCUCGCGAAGGGGCGACUUCGCGUGCGAAUUUUCCUCCUGAAUGAGAGACGCUAUAUUCCUCAUUUUUGUACGUCACUACGUUAAGACAAGGAGCAUAAGUAGGGUAUCUUUCUUUUGAUAUUGCCACUUUGGUGACGAAGAUCGUCGCGACGACAAUUACGCGGCCGUAAAUAGAAUGGCGAUUGGCGAAAAAUUCGUAUCCCGCUCUCGUUCACCGUAAACUACGAUUCGCAGAAAUAACUGAUCGGAGACCGUUUAUUUCAUUUGUUCGGCAGAUAUUAAUGUUGUGAUAUUUUACACGAUACUGUAAUAAUAGAUACCGUUAUUAUCUGUAUUAUUAUCGAUAUAUAUUGUAUUAUAACAAAAAUAAUUUACUUUGAUUUUAGAGACGGCCGCAUCAUACACACACACAUACACACACACACAAAAGUCAGCGGUUGUGCUUCCGCGGAUCGCGAGGCCGUCUUCCCUGAUUUACAAUUGUUAAUAUUUCAUCUAAUCUUUACUUUGUGAGAUGAAUACGAAACUUCCAUGUGCUGAUAAUAACAUUCUGAAAACUA